CACAUCACAGGAGGGCUCGUAAUUUUUUAGAACGCUUCCAUUGUCAGCUGUCAAAAUAAUUUAUCAGAAAACGCAUCUUUACCGAUUGAGAGGGCCCCUCAAAUUCCAAGCAAGACUAUGGCCGAAGACCUGGACUUGAAGCUCGUGUUAAAACAUCUUGCAAAUGGCACGAUUUGUGAAAACCUGUGUAUAAUUUGUUUGAAGCCACUGACCGACGAUAGUGAAAAUAUUUUUACGAAGAUCUGCAAGGAAGACAAGGAGUAUUGCAUAGCUGAUGUUUUGAGGGACCUAUGUAAUAUUAAGAUUUCAGAUACUGACCACUAUAAUGCGUGCUCAGAAUGCUUUAUUGCCGCAUCAAAUGCUUACAAGUUCUAUGUAAACACCUUAUUCAACGAUCAACUGCUUCACUACUAUGCCGAUGAAUUGGAGUCCUACCUCAAAACUAUAGAUAUGGCUGAUGAUAUAUCAGGAGAGUCUAUUUGUAUUUCAUUACCUGUAGUAUCACCGGAAACCAGUUUUGAUUAUGAUAUUCAUAGUCAAGCAAAAGGUCAUAAAAUCAUGGAAGUUAAUAACGGAACAGAAAAUGACGUAAUAAAGGAAUCCCCAGUCAAAUCUGAAAAACCUCAAAAGAAAUCUAAAAUUAAAACUGGAGAGGAGGACUUUAUUAUUGUCUCGAAAGAAAAUGAGCAGUCAACGUUUUAUAAAAUGCAGCCCAAUGGCACGUUAACUAAGUUAGAAUACAAAUUAAAACCCCGUAAGGAUAAUAACUAUGCAAUGAUCAAGAAAAGGAAGAAACGUGAGCCCAUGACCAGCAAAAAAUGCACCCGGUGUCCUAUAAAAUAUAGAUUUACGGCUAAACUGAAGCAACACAUGAGAAAGGAGCAUGGCGUCACAUUAUAUUCUUGUAAGGUUUGCGAUGCACUUACAGAGGAUCAGGAAUUCCAUAAGUUUCAUAUACAAACCCAUACAAACAUAUACAGAUGCGACAUUUGUACUGUGACCUUUAAAAAACGUGAUGCAAUAAUAAAUCAUAUGAAAGAGCACGCGGUGAUCAGACAUAUAUCAUCGGACGACGCUGAAUAUGUGUGCAUGCAAUGCGGUAUGAUUUUAGCAGAUGAGAAGUCUCUAUUAAAUCAUACUAAUGCAAACCAUUAUAAGAAAUACGCCUGUUACUAUUGCGGACGAGUUUAUAAGGGAAAAGUCAGUUAUGAUAAGCAUAUUGAGAAGCAUGAAAUGUAUACCAAGGCGCAGGAGAGACGCAAGCAGCAAGAGAAGCGUCCAUUCACGACCGCAGAAGCUAAGAAGCUGAUCGCAGCGAACGAAGCGGAAGCGAAGAAUAAAGACUACACUUGCGAGCUUUGUGGCCGCGGCUUCCUGGGCCAGCGGGCACUGCUGUGGCACAGCCGGUUACAUACCAACGAGCGCCCCUUCACUUGCGACACGUGCGGGCGCGGCUUCGUGUCGGUGAACCGGCGGAACCAGCACGCUCUGACGGCGCACACGGCGCCGCUGCGGCGCUGCCCGCUGUGCCCCGCGCGCUUCCAUCUCCGCUCCAUGGUCAACACGCACGUCAAGAAGGUUCAUUUAGCAGCGCAUAAGCGUCGUGCCCGAGCGCGCACGCGUUCUUCGCACGCGCCCGCCGCCGCGCCCGUGCCCGUGCACGAGCUUAGUGUCGCGCUACAACACCACGUGCUCGCGCUACAGGCCACACAAGAGGAUAGCAGCUGAGGGUCACUAUCAUGGUA